AUGGUGUUCGACCGCCAUCGACGCCGAGAACAGUUGAUUUGGGAUGCCGGACAUCGGCGUCACUUGUGGGACAUGGAUGUAGUGUUCGACAGCGACGGCCACAUGGGCAGGGCGGCGGCGGGGCAGGGCCGGGCGGUGCAGUACGGCCGGGCGGCGGCGGCCCGGCACGGGGGCGGGGCGGUGUGGGGCGGCCGGCGACUCGGGACGCGGGCGGCGCGGCCGGGCGGGCGCGGCAGUGCGGGCGGCGGCGGCGGCGGGCGAGGCGGGGGCGGGGCUAUGUGGGGCGGCCGGCGACUCAGGACGGGGGCGGCGCGGCUCGGCUGGGCGGGCGGGGUGGGAUGGGCGGCGGCGCGGCCGGGCGGCGACGGCUCAGGACGGGGUCGGGGCGGGGCGGGGCAGCCCGCGACAGGGGUGGCACGGGGCGGCGGCGGCUCAGGCACGGGGGCGGUGCGGGGUGGCCGGUGA